CCCUGACGACAGGUACAUCUGCAACCGGAGCACACUCACCUGCUCACCUGCCAUUGUUUGCUGCACCUGCGGUUCACACGGAUAGCAUCCCUAUUGUUGGAACAUCGUCUAAAAUCUACCGGACUUUAGGAGCAUCUUGGGGGCAGUCACAGCUGAGGAGGCAUCAUGUCGAUGGGAUUGGAGAUCGGAGGCAUUCUUCUGGGUGUCAUCGGGUGGAUCAUCACUAUUGUGUGCUGCGCCCUGCCCAUGUGGAGGGUUUCCGCGUUUGUGGGGGCCAACAUCGUGACGGCGCAGACCAUCUGGGAGGGCCUGUGGAUGAACUGCGUGGUGCAGAGCACCGGCCAGAUGCAGUGCAAGGUGUACGACUCCAUGCUGGCGCUGAGCUCGGACCUGCAGGCGGCGCGCGCCAUGCUCAUCAUCUCCAUCAUCCUCGGCGUCCUCGGACUGCUCAUCUCCAUCAUGGGCGCCAAGUGCACCAACUGCAUCGAGGAGGAGGCCGCAAAGGCCAAGACCAUGAUCGUCUCUGGCAUCUUGUUCAUCAUCGCUGGCGUCCUGGUGAUCAUCCCCGUGUCGUGGUCGGCCGACCGCACCAUCAAGGACUUCUACAACCCUCUGGUGCCCGCUAGCACACGCCGAGAGCUGGGCGCUGCCCUUUACAUUGGCUGGGCGGCUGCGGCACUUCUACUUUUUGGCGGCAUGAUGCUGUGCUGCACCUGCCCUCCACGAGAGAGGAAGUACAAGGCUCCGAAGAUGGCCUACUCCAACCCCAACCCAGCCCCAAGCACAGCUGGGUACGACAGGAAGGAUUAUGUCUGAAAAAAAUCCUUGUCUCACACCUGUCUCUGUUUAACUUCGCUGUGGAAAUUAUUUUUGCACUGUUUUCAUUACUUUUGUGCUUUUGAAGGAGAAAUUCUGAGGUCUGUGAAAUAUGCAUUUUUCAAUCCAUUGAUCGGUCAAUUAAUACUUUAUGUUAAUGUUUUUAUGUAGCAGAAAUGCAACAUUUCUAGUGUAAAGUAAAUGAGAAAGUUAAAGUAAUUGUGAAAAAAUGUUUGAAUGAAUGUGUAUUUUCAGGUGAGAAUCCCCUUUGUCUGAAACUUGGUGUUAAAUAGGAGUGGCAUGUGUUUUACAUAUAUUUGUUUAGGAAAAUCCUGACCUAAAAAAGACUCAAAACAAAACCCAAACAUCUCACAGAUGACACUGUCAGGUCUAUAUUCAUUAUUAUAGGAAUUGAAAAAUGUGGUUGCCUUGGUGAUUAUUUAUAAGUAAUUAAUGUCAACAAAUGUCAAGAUCAGAUCAAACUAGGCAACUCUGUUACACUUAAUAAUCAAUUACUUUUAUAACUUAUAACUUUUAUUUAUAUAGUGUUGUAUAUUGAUUUAAAAUGUCUAUAAUGAAGUUUAUGUCUAUAAUGACCCUUCCUAAUUCAUUAACUAAUUAAAACAGAAGGCAGAGAGAUUUAGAGCUAAAUUCAAAUAUUAGAAAUGCAUUGGUCACACACUAUUUUCAUUUGUUACUGUGUGUUACUUUGUUUUAUAUACUGUAAGUGUGUACUACAUGCAAAUAAAUGCUUACAUUUUUCUUAAAGAGAUAAGUUUUAUUUCCAAAGGCACAUAUUCUUGCCUAUCCAUCAUGGUUUAAUUUACUAAAGUCAUGUGACUUGACGUGUUGCCUAUUCAGUUAAUCACUUUAGCACACAAAACUGCCCAAUGUUUGCCAAAGGAGGUUGCCAUCACUGUGAGUGCCUUUGCAUUGUCACUGUGGGAGCCAAGAAGGAAGCACAGACAACACAAACCCACAUCAGACUCGGUGCUCAUCACAGGCCAACACUGGGUCCGAUUACAGAGUACACAACAUUGCAUUUAUUGUCUUAGUUGUCAAAUACCACGUCAAUGUGUAGGCCAAAUGUAUUUCAUAACACAACGUUAAUUGCUGUUGAUAAAUAGCCUUUUAUGUUUAAGAAAAGCACAUUUCAACGUAUCAUUAUGGAUUGUCCAAAGGGACAAAAAUGCUUUUCAUUGCCUGGCAAUUGUUUUGUUUUUGUUAUGAUUUUGGAACUGAAACUGAAAAAUGACUAGACCCUCUGAACUGAUCAUAAAGGCCUUUUUUACCUUGUACAUAAGACUUGGGUGUGAUAAAUAUGUUACUUGGUGAAUUAAAUGAAUAAAGACAAUUGAUCAAU